GUGUGUUGAGGAAGGGAGGUGGAGGCCACCAGGGAAUGAGACUCGUCUCCUCAAACUCAGGUUUGAGCAACAUUACACUUCAGUGUGGACUCGACUCUCCCCGCUCUCCGGCGUCACUCGACCUCCUCAUCUGACAAGGGAAAGCACUGUGAUUUCUCUCUUUGUCCAGAAGCUCUCAGUUUCCUCUUCUUUCUCUCUCUGGUAAGACACUCCAAGAGCAAACAGAGCACAAUGGAGGCCAUUAAGAAGAAGAUGCAGAUGCUGAAGCUGGAUAAGGAGAAUGCCAUCGACCGGGCGGAGCAGGCAGAGUCUGAUAAGAAAGCAGCGGAAGACAAAUGCAAACAGCUCGAGGAUGAGUUGCUUGGUCUACAGAAGAAACUGAAAGGAACUGAAGAUGAACUGGAUAAAUAUUCAGAAGCUCUCAAAGAGGCUCAGGAGAAGCUGGAGCUGUCUGAGAAAAAGGCGUCAGAUGCGGAAGGUGACGUAGCCGCCCUGAACCGCAGGAUCCAGCUGGUGGAAGAGGAACUGGACCGGGCUCAGGAAAGACUGUCCACUGCGCUCCAGAAACUAGAGGAGGCAGAGAAGGCAGCGGAUGAGAGCGAGAGAGGCAUAAAGGUGAUUGAAAACCGUGCGAUGAAAGAUGAAGAGAAAAUGGAAAUUCAGGAAAUACAGCUCAAAGAAGCCAAACACAUUGCUGAGGAGGCCGACCGCAAAUAUGAUGAGGUCGCUCGUAAGCUGGUGAUUUUGGAGAGUGAAUUGGAAAGGGCAGAAGAGAGAGCAGAGAUUGCAGAACUUAAAGGUGGAGAUCUGGAGGAAGAACUGAAAAAUGUAACCAACAACCUCAAGUCCUUAGAAGCCCAAUCAGAUAAGUAUUCAGAGAAAGAGGACAAGUAUGAAGACGAGAUCAAAGUUCUCACUGAUAAACUGAAAGAGGUCGAGACUCGUGCUGAGUUUGCUGAAAGGACGGUGGCCAAACUGGAAAAGACCAUUGAUGACCUCGAGGAGAGUCUGGCUGAGGCUAAACAGCAGAACCUGGAGAUGCAUCAAGUCCUGGAUCAAACGCUCCAAGAGCUCAACAGCUUGUGAGCAAACGAGAAGAAGAAAUCAAUGAAGAAUCCCAGAAUUUCAAUUGUCAACCAUUCCAGCAGUGUUUUAUUUUUAGCUUGUCAUGUGUUUUUGUUUUUUUAUGUUGUAAGUUAUGCUAUUUCCAUCCAUUAUUUUCUGUAUUUUAGUUCAUAAUUUUUUUGAUUAUUUCAUAAUGCACCUACCUUAGUCCAUUAAAUAAUAAUGAAUGAUCUCUUGUUGCUGCCAUUUGUGCCAGGUUAAAUGCAAUUACAUAAACCCAAAAUACACCUUUAAUGGUUAACAGUACUUUGUUUUUGGACUUAAAGUUAAUGAAUGACCUGUUGUUGCAUGCAAGAAGGUUUUUCAGUGUAAAGUCAGUGCUGUUUUAUUUAUUUCUUUUGAGUGAACAUAAAGAGGGAAGUUAUAUUUAAAACAGUAAAAACACAACAAGAGUCAGAAAAUAAACCAAUUAUUAAGUCACGUGUUGGGGAAGUGUAUGCAAAUGUAACGAAAGACAUGAAUACAUUUGUAAUUUAGGCAUUAUGUAUUGGAACAUACAGAUAUUUGGCAAUAAGAAGUCUUUAAUAGUUGGGAUCAUUUUGUACCCUUUAUUUUCACUGUGAUUUGAUGUUUUUUAUACCUAUGUUAAACUAAAUAAAUGUUUACUUAUUUGCACACUG